CGUCUGUCCUCGUCCUUCACUCCCGUCCUCCCACAAUGCUAGAGCCAGACGGCCAACAAUGUCAUCGUGGGGAGAUUGGGGGGGUGAAGGACGAGGAGGGAAGUUUCAUGGUGAUUAUGAUGAUGAUGAUGAUGACGACGACUACAACGACGACGACGAUGAUGACGGUGAAGACGAGGUUGGUGAUGAUGAUGACGACGAGGACGAGGACGACGACAAGGAUGAUGACCGAGACGAUGAUGAUGAUAGUAAGGAGGAGGAGGAGGAGGAGGAGGAGGGGGUGGAGGAGGAAUCUCCAGAUGAUUAUGAUGAUGAUGAUGAUGAUGAUGAUGAUGAUGAUGAUGAUGAUGAUGACGACGACGAUGACGAUGAUGACGAUCCGGCAGCUGAGCCGUUAAGGCGGAUUCCGGGGAAAGCGUUCUAGUGCCGGUGAAAUCUUAGCCACUGCCAGCUGAUUCAGGGAACCCAACUACUAAAUUUGCAGAGAAAACCAAGAGAGGGGGAUGAAAGUUUGAAAGGGAGAAGUAUGAAGUGCCCCCUGGAGAAAACCUUUGUAUCCUCUCGAACCUGAAGGGAGACAAAGGGUGUGAGCACUGAAACGAGCCUGCACGUCAUUUAAUCACCCUGGUUGCCCGUAAGGCCCGCCGUGAAAAACAAUGGCGGGAAAGUUCUGUCAGGCCGCACAGGGGURUAACAAUGAGUCAAUGACGAGAAUAGGGCCUCACACACUUUCUACCCCGUUUAAUGCUGUACUUUCUGCUCCCUUCAGUGCUGUAUAAACAAAAAGGUUUUGCUGAG